UGGUUCCGGGUCAUCGCACUGUUGGUAUCAGUGUUAAAUGAAACCCGAGAGUGGACAUUGAAGUGACCUUCCGGUGAACAAGAAAAAGCGAAUGAAGUCGGGCUAACGGCGGCUGACAAUUAAGACUGGAAAAAAUACUCUUGGAGAUUUGAGUCUGAAGUGGCAACUGCUGCCCUUCUAGUGUAUGUGUGGUAACAACAUGUCUGUGCCGCUUCUUACUGAGGCUGUUACAGUCUCUGGGAGUGAACGGGAAACAGCCGUGGUGAUCUUCCUCCAUGGGCUUGGGGACUCGGGGCACGGCUGGGCAGACGCCAUGUCCGCCAUCCGGCUCCCGUACGUCAAAUACAUCUGUCCACAUGCGCCUAGAAUUCCUGUCACACUCAACAUGAAAUUGGUGAUGCCUUCUUGGUUUGACCUCAUGGGACUCAGUCCAGAGUCCCCUGAAGAUGAACCAGGAAUUAAAAAAGCCUCAGAGAAUCUAAAAGCCAUCAUUGACCAUGAGAUCAAGAAUGGUAUACCAGCCAAUCGAAUAAUCAUUGGAGGAUUUUCACAGGGAGGUGCCCUCUCUUUAUAUACUGCUCUGACUUCACAGCAUAAAUUGGCUGGGGUUUUGGCACUGAGCUGCUGGCUUCCUUUGCACAAGACGUUUCCACAGGCUGCCAGCAACACUGCCAACAAAGACAUUGCUAUUCUGCAGUGCCAUGGUGAGAUGGAUCCCAUGAUUCCUGUGCAGAUUGGUGCAUUGACUUCGGAGAAGCUUAAAUGUGUUGUCAAUCCACAGCGUGUAAUCUUUAAAACAUAUCCCGGAAUGAUGCACAACUCUUGCCCACAGGAGAUGGCUGCAGUCAGAGAGUUUAUCGAAAAACAGCUUCCUCGGAUCUGACAGAGAUGAGAAGUUGUGCUGCAAAAUCCAACACCUUUUCACCUUUCACAUGUGCUGAGUCCUUCAAGAAAGCCUUGUGCAGUCAGGCUCAGAACUCUUCCCUCUCUCCCCACCUCCCCUCAGUACACUGUUAAUAGGGUUAUGUUUUUGGGGAUUUAUUUUGAUGUUGCAUACUUUUGGGGUUGGGGGUGGGGUUCCUUCUGCAGUUUACAAAGUCCAUCUGAGUUUUUAUUGGACGUUGCAUUUCAUUGAUCAGCUGUAUCGUUUAUGCUAAAUUCACCUGAUAGCUCGCUAAAUGGUUAGGUAGACAGUUGUCAUCAUUCCUGUGUCCCAUACUUUCUCCAUGCUGUCUCUUUAUUAUAAUUAUUGUUAUUUUAGCAAUCUCAGGGUUCAAGUGGGGUCAGUUUUAACUGCAGCCAUUUGGCUGGCUACCGAUACCGACGCUGUGAAUUGUUCUGUUCACUGGUUCAGGCAGGGCUGCUGUCUUGAAUGUCCCCUUUCCUUGCAGACUGACACACCAGCUGCCCUGAGCCUCACUGAAGAAACUUUUUUUUUUUUUUUUUUUUGGUCAACGCUUGACCAGACCUGCCAGAUUUCCAAUCUCAGCAUGCAACUGGAGUAGUUGAUGUGGCUCAUGGGCCUGUGUAGAUCUUGGAGUUCAAAGCAGGUCUGAAGAGUUGCUGUAGGUGAGCUCCAUUUUUUGUGGUGCUCUACACAGCUGUCUUGGGGAGUGCCAGUCCCUCCCUUUUUGCUGCUGGUGAGCCAAUUGGCUGUGUGAUGAGCACAUUCCAAGUGGAAAUGUUUCUUUUCUGUUACAUGAAAUGAGUAUCUGUAUCUCGUUAAAUUACAGAAAGCUGAGUUUACUUUGUAAUGCAUUGUUAAUUUAGAAUAAGGCGAUUUUAAUGCCUUUGUCACCAUUGUAGCUUUGUAGGGACUUUUCCAAAGGAUAUGUCCAGAACAGGGCAAAUGUGUUGUCCUGGAAAGCUGACAUGGUGCAGACGCAGCUAUCUACUUGCUGCAUGGAUAAAUGGCGGGUCAUCCAGUGAGAUGGAGGAGAUGCCGCAUUCAUUUUGGUGCAUUUGCGUUUAAGCUCAAAUUAAAGUAUGUUCAGACCUUGUGCACUACUCCACCUAGACUCACCGGAUGUUAUCUUAAUUUGGUAAUUAAGACGACAGAUUUUUUUUUUUUUUUGUUAAGUGGGUUUAUUGCCCCCCCACCCCACCUCGCUCAUACCCAGACUGUGCUGUUUAAUCCAUGCAGCAUAUUUCUAAUCAUGUUUUAAUAUUUCUUUUGGUUGUGUUGGACCCAUUUCCCCAAUGACAGGGCAUACCGGUGAUCUACAGUUUUGUAAAAUGCCUUUAUGUGAAAUAAAAUGAUUGGAAGCAUAAAGUUAAC